AUGGCCGAGCCCGAGUCCAGCGCUGAGUCGCGCAAGCGCCGCCGCAGCCAGCGCAGCAAUCGGCCCUGCGACCCGUGCCGCCGCCGCAAGACCCGCUGCAUUGUCGAGUCGGGCUCCGCAGGCGAGUGCACCGUGUGCCUGUACAGACAGACCAAGUGCACCUACGAGGAGUCUCCUCCCGAGCGUCCGCUGCCCCGUCGCCCCUCCAGCACCGCCGCCUCGACCUCGACCGCCGACGCCUCCUCCCGCCAUCCGCCCUCCAGCGAGGUCGCCCACCUGUCGCCUGCAUCCGGCGACAUCCCGAGGUCUGUUCCUAGCUUGCCGCAGCUCCCCACCGUCCGCACCAACGAAGAGCUGCCCUCGGACGUGCUGAGCUCUGGCGAAGCUUCUGCCGCUGCCCUCGAGGCCGCCCGCGAGCGCCAGCGCAAUGGCGAGACCGUCACCGACGCCGAGCGCGCCAAAGGGGAGUCGUCACUGGGCCUGCACUCGACGCGUUUUGCCGAGCUGUACGGCUUGGGGAGUGACAUGGAGCCAAUCCUGAUGCGGCACCGCCCCUACGACCCGGUCCAUCACGAGUUCCGCCUUUCCACCCAUGCCAUCCGCCGCGUCCUCGAGCGGGACCAAGGCGUAGAGUAUCCGCUCUGUUUCCAUAUCGUCAGCGACGAGAAGGCUGCCGGCUAUUCCGCCACCCACCAGGAAGUAGAUGCCAUCGAGGCAUGCGUCAAGCCCUUUGGCGAGCGCCUUGUCCGUCUGUUCUGGCGUGUUGUCCAGCCAUCCUAUCCCAUCCUGCACAAACAGGGCUUUAUGGAUCGGUACUCAAAAUCCUACCGCCUCGUCCCCGGCCCCCUCUUGGGCGCCAUCUAUCUGAAUGCAAUCAAUUGGUGGCACUUUGACCCCUUGCUCUCGACCCACCCUCCGCCAGAUUUGUCAGCCAUGAGGCGGCUUACCUUGCACGCCAUUCAAAAUUCCUACCAUCGCCCGCGAUUGUCUUCAAUAGAGUCUAUUCUCCUGCUCUUGCAGUGCAAGCCCGAGGACCCCUUAAAUCCCGACCAUACUUUCGGCUGGGGGCUGGCCUCUCAGGCGCUAGCAAUCGGAGAGGCUUGCGGUCUCCACCUGGACGCCUCUCGCUGGGCUAUUCCGGACUGGGAGCGCGCACUACGCAAACGCCUCAGCUGGGCCUUAUUCAUGCAAGACAAAUGGACAGCCUGCGCUUAUGGUCGCCCUAGCCACAUCACUGAUGAUGAGUGGGGCGUGAAAGAUCUUGAUCCAGCCGAUUUCGCCGACUGUGAGGCAGACCCGGAUGAUCCAGCCGGAGCCGCCGUUCAAGCUGGUCGAGAGCAGUUCCUGCAUAUGGUACGGCUAUCAAAGAUCCUCGAUGUUGUCUUGAAAAAAUUCUACUCUGUCAAAGGCUGCGUCAAUCAAGACACAGUCAACCUGUACACGAAAGCACAGCCCAUUAUAGAAUCGCUGGCCACUUGGUACACGUCCAUACCGCGCUCUUUACACAUGGACUCUUUGCCUCCACGACAGCUUUGUCCAAAUGGACACCUGCACCUUGCAUAUUUUGGCGUUACGACUCUACUGCUGCGCCGACUCGUUAGGUCGACGGCACUUGCCCCUCUAUGCUUGGACAUACAAGUGCUGAACGCCAUCCGUCAAUACGCUUACGACACCGCAAUGAAGGCCACUGCUUUGGUUGCCUUGCUUCGUCCGGAGCAUUUGGACGCUUUUUGGUAUUUUGUUUCGCCCUACCUUUUUUCUGUUAUUGGAUCCUUUACCACCCUCUUACUAGUGACCUCACUCACACCCUCGGAGCGGGAUCACUGGCGUGAGACACUCAAUUCGUACAUUUGGACUCUCCGUACUAUGAGUAAAUCCAAUGAGCCCAUCAGAUAUGCUGUCAACCGACUCGAAGGAGCAAUCUUGCGUGGGCUCGAGCAUGCUCUGGUUAUCGCCGUGGACGGACCGUCGACUGAGAUGGCCGAGACCCCUCAGCAAACCUUCGAGGCGGGCGUCAACGGGUUUGGUUUUGGAGUCGCUGAAAUCAAUGACUGGGAUUACCAAGGCCAAAUGCACUUGGGUGCCUUUGAUUAUUUGAGUAACAAUCCACCUGCUGCGCAGAUGCAGUAA